AUGGAUGCCACAGUUUUUGGCCAGAGACGGCCGUUGCUGGAAGCCUUAGCCGCGCAGAUCCAGCAGCGUUUCUCUGCGGAUCACUUGAGGGCGCCUCACCUGGCACAGAUCUGCGCGGCCUAUUGCCACGCACGGUUUCUGGACUCGCGGCAUAUGUCCGAAGUGGUGGCUCUGGCCCGGAUCUCACUGCAAGAGGCGCUUCCCUUGGAGCUCACCUGGCUAGCGCGUGCUGCCAUGGACGCGAGGGCGGAUCAUGCGCAACUGCUACUGAAGGAGGCAGCACUGCUCACCAGCGAGAGGGGACAGAUGUUACCUUACGAGUUGCGGGUCGUGGCCUCAACCUUCGGCCCUCGGGCGGCCACCUUCUUGGCAGAGCCACUGGGAGAGGAGCUGCCGGCACUGGAGGCCUCUGUAGCGUGUGCGGAGCUGUUGCACGUGCUGUGCCGUUCCAACAUGGCCGCACGGCCCGAGUGUCAGCCAGUGCUGUUGGAAGGCUGUGCUAGUUGGCGUUUGGCCUUGCCUCCGGCUGUACUGGUGAGCCUGAUUCCGGCACCAGAGGGGGUGCCAGCUGUGGCAGAAGCCGCCAAAGCGCUUCAGGCAAUCGCCGUGUUGCGGCCAUUGGCCACGGCGGAAGUGCAGAGACCCGAGCACGUGCAGGGUCCUCUUCGCUUCGAAAGUGAGGACUCAGAAGCAGACACUGUCGGGAUGCUUUGGGGGCGUCAUUUCCAGGGACAACUGCACUGCGGUUGGUGACCGUUGAACCC